AAUUUCACACAAACUGAUAAAGGAAGUUAACAAAGUGAGAGAGAGAUUUAUUGCGAACCGGUACUGUAAUAGUCGUCUUACUAAUGUGCAGUCAGUAAUCGAACCCUUACUGCAUUACUACAGUGAAUAGUCGAAUCUUUAUUGCACUCACUGGUAUUUUGUAUACAGUGAUAUAUUAUCUUGAAUAAUGAAAAUGCUUCAAGACAAGUUAGAUGAUUCCCAAGUAUCUGGCGGAGAUUCUUCUAGUGAAAAUGAAGAAAAAUCUAAUAAUGCUGCAUGGGCAGAAGUUAUGGGAAAAGUCUUGAAUAAGCAAGGCCCCAAAAAUGAAAAAUCUAUAAUACUUGCGAAAAACAAAGAAAAAGUAGAAGAAAAUAAGCAAGAGCGCUCCGAACAACGUGAAAGAAAAAAGCAGCUCAACAAGAAGAGGAAAUGGGAAGAAAUGAAUCAUGUUAAACCAAAUGCACUUGAGAAAGAUUAUGAAAGAAAUUUACAGAAAAUAGCAACUCGAGGGGUUGUUCAGUUAUUCAAUGCUGUCAAAAAACAUCAAAAACAAUUAGAUGAAAAACUGAAGUCUGCGAAGACAGAAGGCAAAAAGGAACAGGUCAUGAAAUCUGUUUCAAAGGGAGAAUUUCUAGAUAUGUUGAAAGAUGAUAAAGUGAUCACGAAACAGAAAGCUGGAAAGAACUUUGAUCCUGGGAUGCCAGAUACGACAGCGGAAGAUAAAGGAUGGGAUGUCCUCAGAGAUGAUUUCAUGAUGGGAAAUAAGCUCAAAGACUGGGAUCAACGUUCGGAUGGCGAAGAUGAUUGAUAAUAAAUAUAUAUGGGGGGUUUCCGUAAAGGUGCGAAGCGUUAUCUACUGGUGAAACUUGAAGGAACUGGGCAGUUGCGCAAGAACCUCCAAACAUACGAGGGUUAUUUCACACAAUUCCUAUCAGCGUCGAGGAGUGCAUGGAUCACUGUGUCAACGACAUAAAAUCAAAUUCAGACUUCUAUAACUUACUAGUAAAGUUUGACUCGACCGAAAUUCACUAUUAUGGUAAUAUAUAUUUACUUAAUAUUACUUUCUAGAGUGGUUAACUUUGUGCAUUGUUACAUUCAAGUACAAAUACAUAUAAUGAAUAGUAAUAAAGUGU